AUGCCAAGGAGCGUGAGGCAGGCACCACCCUACACCACGGCCCUGGAUGGAGGCUGGGGAUGGAUGAUUGUGCUUCACUUCUUCCUGGUGAACGUGUUUUUGCUGGGAACUGUGAAGUCUUUUGCAGUUUUCUUUGUGGUUUUCCAAGAAGAAUUUGAAAGCACCUCGGAGCAAACUGGUUGGAUUGGCUCCAUCAUGGCUUCACUCCGUUUUUCUGCAGGUCCCCUGGUUGCUGUUGUCUGCAACAGAUAUGAAGAGAAAACUGCCUCCCUUCUUGGGGCCUGUCUUGUUUCUGGUGGAUACCUGAUCACUGGCUUGGCUACAAGCAUCCCCUUUCUUUGUGUGACUAUGGGAUUUUUAGCUGGUUUGGGUUUCUCUUUGUUGUACCAAACAGCAGUGGUGGUAAUAAGCAAAUACUUCAAAAAACGAUUAGGACUUUCUACAGCUAUUGCCCGUUCAGGGGUGGGACUGGCAUGUUUGUUGGCACCUUUUGCAAAAGUCCUGAUAGAUUUGUAUGACUGGACAGGUAUCACUGAGACAGUCAGUCAGAUUGUCUCUGGAUGGGCUGCUGAUCAAAACUGGACCAGAAAGUACCAUUAUCUUAAGUCUCACCUGAUUCUCUGCAGCAUCACUAACCUGCUUGCUCCUUUUGCCACCACAUUCCCACUACUCAUGAUCUAUACCCUCUUCUAUGCCAUUUUCUCUGGUGCUUACCUGGCAUUGGUAAUUCCUGUAUUGGUCAAUCUGUCAGGGAAUUCUGCACAUCAAAGGUUUUGGGGAUAUGCUGGGUUCUUUGCUGGGAUAGCUAUCCUUUCUGGACCACCUAUAGCAGGCUGGUUCUAUGAUCACACCCAGACAUAUGCCAGCUCUUUCUACUUGGCUGGCACAUGCUACCUCAUCUCUCCAGUCUUCCUGUUCUUUAUACCACUGUCUGAGAGAUGGAAAAGCAGAGCCUGGGCAGAAGGAGAGGACUGCAAUCAAGUGCAAGCUUAA